AUGUUGUUUCUCAGUGCCUUAGCCAUCGGGAUGAUCACAGGCUUGCAAAACGUCACCACGGAGGUGCCGACGACGGAAAGUGACGGAGGCUCGACUGUCACAGAAGGGAUGGGGCUGCUGGAGACGACAAAAGCGUCGGUCGCGUCUGACUUCGUAAACGUGACGAUCCAGGAGCGGCCCUCGAUGUGGGACAUGUACCUGAACCACUGCCCCAAGUGGCGUCCAAUAAAUCACGUGUUUUUCCAAGCGGCUAAUGUGUUCUUCUUGUUGUCGUUCCUAGCCCCACACACGCCCAGUGGUCUUAUUUGGCUGCGAGUGGCUCUGGUUCUGGGCUGUGCGUUCUCCGGCCUCUGGGCGUGGAGUAUAGAGUGCUAUUUGGAUGCUGUUGUGUGGAACAGUGCAUUUUUCAUUAUUAACUUUGUAUACUUUGCUGUGCAGUUUUAUUUGAUGAGGCCUAUUAAGUUUCAUAAGGACAUUGAAGAGGUGUACGUAGCACUGUUCAAGCCGCUGCGGGUGUCCCGUCGGCAGUUCCGGCGCGUCUUGAUGUGCAUGCGCAACGUCAGGCAUCUCAAGUGUCACGAACUGUACGCGCAUGAGAAGGUCACUAAAGUCGACAGCCUCUCCCUUGUACUGUCCGGAAAACUUGUAGUGUCUCAGAACCAGCGCGCGCUGCACAUAGUCUUUCCACACCACUUCUUAGACUCGCCGGAGUGGUUCGGAGUCUCGACGGAUGAGUACUUCCAGGUUUCAAUAAUGGCAAUGGAAGAGUCAAGAGUCCUUGUGUGGCAUCGCGACAAACUGAAGCUAUCGAUCAUUUCAGACGCGUUCUUGCAGGCGGUCUUCGACCACAUACUAGGAAGAGACGUGGUCCAUAAACUAAUGCAGGUUAGCGAGACGAUGUCAGUGAGCAACGGUCACCUCCCUAACAGCUAUGAGGAGGGCGAGGACAAGCCCAUGCUUGUUGUUAAAAAGGCGGGAGAUGGACCCGGCAUUACUGCCCUUUUGAACAGACAACUACAAGGCGAGCACGCGCCGUUGCUGCGGCCGACGCCCUCCCACGCCUGCUGAACAACGGGAUUAUCCUUCAUUAUCCCCCAUCCCUACCCUAUAUCUCUAUCGCUAUAUAAUAUUUAAAUACCACCCCGCUUUGCUAAAAUCUUCUUAUUAAUAAAUGUAAAUA